UUUCCAUUAAUCUGGCGGUCUCUGGCGAGGUCUCUACACAGCACUCACAUCUGAUUGGCUGAGAGCCCCGCCAUCUUUCCCACAGCUGAUUCUUGUUUAGUUGAGAGUGUCUGGUACGACAAGAAUGCUGCGAGUAGGAGUGUCCCGUCUCCUGCAGCAUGGGGCAUCCAGGGGAAGGGCUGCUCUGGGGGUGGGUGCUACUCGGGUGCAGUCUUCAGCCCCUGAGAAGAUUGAAGUGUUCAUUGACGAUCAGCCGGUGAUGGUACCGCCUGGAACCACAGUGCUGCAGGCAGCAGCCGAGGCAGGAGUGGAGAUCCCACGCUUCUGCUACCACGAGCGACUUUCUGUUGCAGGAAACUGCAGGAUGUGUCUGGUAGAGGUGGAAAAGUCUGUCAAACCUGUUGCAGCCUGUGCCAUGCCGGUGAUGAAGGGCUGGCGCAUCAAGACAGACAGUGAUAUGACUCGCAAGGCACGUGAGGGAGUGAUGGAGUUCCUUCUGAUCAACCACCCUCUUGAUUGCCCCAUCUGUGAUCAGGGUGGCGAGUGUGACUUGCAGGAUCAGUCCAUGGCUUUUGGUAGUGACCGUUCAAGGUUCCUGGACAACAAGAGGGCAGUGGAGGACAAGAACAUUGGCCCUCUUGUGAAGACCAUUAUGACUCGCUGCAUCCACUGCACCCGCUGUGUGCGCUUUGCCUCAGAGGUGGCUGGUGUAGAGGACCUGGGCACCACUGGACGAGGCAGCGACAUGCAGAUUGGUACUUAUGUGGAGAAGAUGCUGAUGUCCGAGUUGUCUGGCAAUGUGAUUGACCUUUGCCCUGUGGGAGCUCUCACCUCUAAGCCAUACGCCUUCACUGCCCGGCCAUGGGAGAUCCGUCGCACUGACUCUGUGGACGUGAUGGAUGCGGUGGGCUCCAACAUUGUGGUCAAUCAUCGCACAGGAGAGGUGCUGCGUAUCCUUCCCAGGACCAAUGAGGAUAUCAAUGAAGAAUGGCUCUCUGACAAAUCCCGCUUUGCUUGUGAUGGCUUGAAACGACAGCGUCUGGUGCACCCCAUGGUGAAAGACUCCAAGGGGGAGCUGCGGCCCUGCCAGUGGGAGGACGCCUUGCUGGUGGCAGGGCGAGCCUUGGCAGGAGCACAGGGUUCAGUGGCAGCAGUAGCAGGAGGUCUGGCAGAUGCUGAAUCCCUGGUAGCUCUCAAAGACCUGGUGAACAAGCUCGGGGGGGAGGCCACCUGCACUGAGGAGAUCUUCCCUGAGGAUGGCAGUGGAACAGACUUGCGCUCCUCCUACCUCCUCAACACCACCAUUGCUGGUGUGGAAGAGGCUGACCUGGUGCUUCUUGUCGGGACAAACCCUCGUUUUGAGGCACCACUCUUCAAUGCCCGCCUGCGCAAGGCCUGGGUACACAAUGAAUUGGACGUGGCUGUUCUGGGACCAAAUGUGAACUUGACCUAUGAAGCAGAGCACAUAGGUGAGGAUCCAGCAAUCAUUGAGAAGCUGCUGUCUGGCACUCAUCCCUUCUCCCAGCGACUGAAGGCUGCCCGUCGUCCCAUGGUGGUGGUGGGGUCGGCCCUCCUGUCACGACCUGACGGAGGGUUGCUCUAUGCACGGCUGCAGCAGUUGGCUCACCAGCUGCGUGCAGGAUGUGAGGGUGGAGCCGAGUGGCGGGUGCUCAACGUGCUGCACCGUGUGGCUUCCCAGGUGGCUGCCUUGGAUUUGGGUUACACCCCUGGGGUGAGCAAGAUACACAAUGCUCCCCCACAGGUCCUUUAUCUCCUUGGAGCAGAUGAGGGUGCUAUCACUAGAGAAGAUCUGCCUGCAGGCUGCCUUGUCAUAUACCAGGGCCAUCAUGGUGACAGAGGAGCAGAGAUGGCUGAUGUGGUUCUCCCGGGGGCAGCCUACACGGAGAAGACAGCCACUUAUGUCAACACAGAGGGCCGAGCACAGCAGGCCCGGGCAGCUCUUAUACCCCCUGGGAUGGCUCGAGAGGACUGGAAGAUCAUCAGAGCCUUGUCUGAGGUUGUGGGCGCUCAGCUGCCAUACGACAACCUUGCUGAAGUACGGGACCGUCUCACAGAGGUGUCUCCUAACCUGACACGUUAUGGUGAUGUGGAGGAAGCCAACUACUUUGCACAGGCUUCAACCUUGGCACAGCUGGUGAAGGGCAAGCAGGAGGCAGCACCCAUAGAUGUGCCUCAGAAACUGUUAGAAGACUUCUACAUGACCAACUCUGUGAGCCGUGCCUCGCCCACCAUGGCUAAGUGCAUAUCGGCCAUCAAGAAGGAAGCAGCCAACAGGCAUCGCGACAAGUAGAUACUCCAAUUGGUCCUCUAAGAAUAUUUAUGUUAGCUGUGCAGCCACUCACCUGUUUCAUGGCCAUAUUGUCAUCAUCAUCAGUCUAAGAAGCAUAGUAAAGCACAGUGGUGGCCAUGAGAUUGGUGAGUGAUGUGUAGGAGCGUUCUUCCCUUCUGAGGUGUACAUGUUGGGUGGAUCCUUUUUUCCUCUUGUUGCCUGUCAAAAAAGUUACGUAAGGAAGGCCAUAAACUUGUCAAUCCUAACAAUUCCUGGUGACGCUCAAGCCAGGGCCAAAAUGUAGACAAGCUAACUUAUUUUAACAUGCCUUCCCAGCAAAUGUUUUACUAGUAUUUUCAGAUAUCAAAUUGUUGAUAAUGUGAAGCUAGUAUGGUAAAUAAUAAAAAAUUCAGUGAGCACAUGUGAUGUGUUAAAUUAUACAUUAGAUGGAGGUGUGCACGGGCUGCUGGAGGAUGUAUAUAGAUAAUGAUGUUUGUACAGAGCAUUCUAAUUAAAUGAUAAGUUUGAAAGA